GUGCCCGCCAUUCUUUUGCACCCCGGCGGUGUUACAGUCCAGUUUCCGACUACGGAUAAAAAAACACCAGAGAUAGCGAGGAGAGAAGAAAAAGAUCGAUAACGGCACCUCAGAAUUUCCAUCUCGAGAAAACCUAAUAGCUGUUUUCGACAGCUGAAUUCUAAGAUCGCCCAACGAAACGGCCUUCUCAAGGUUCAUUACCAGUUUGGCGAUCCCCUUCCCUUUCUAGUUUAGAAUUAGAGGAAACUAUGGGUAUGGCAUCUGUUAAUACUGCCAGUGAAGGUAUGCAACUUUGCAUAUUUGAUUUGAGAAGAGGACAACAGGAAGGGCAGGAGCUCGACAAGAUUUUAUUUUUCUUUCCUGCGGAUUUGCCUUUUGCAACCCAGCUUUCUGUGAUAGGACUCAGCGAAGGGCUCAUAACUUUUACAAGGAUAUUCUCUCCAGAUGCGGCUUGUGAGGUGAUAGAAGCAGAGAGGCACUCCCAUGUCUUUUUUGAAGCUGAAUCGGACAUCUGGAUGGUGAUGGUAGUGGAGAAAAGUAAGGAAUCAAAAGCAGCAUGUCAGGUUGAUGCAUUACGAAAGGUUCUCAAAGAAGUUCACUCUCUUUUUGUAUUGUUCCAUGGAACAAUGAGAUCGAUGCUUGAGAAGGAAACUAGUGGAGGCUUAAUCCGAUCUCAUUUGUAUCCUUUCAUCACGGAUUAUCUUAGUGAUUUUCUAAUUGGGAAGAAGCUCCAACUACCAUCAUUUCAUGACUGUUUAAUGGAGCGUGGAACUGUUCAAAUGCUUACUGUUGGAAGGGAAGCUGCAAUUGAAGUCCAGUCCCUUGUCAAGGUACUAGAAUGUUCUGCUGGGACUACAUCUUGCUACUCUCUGGUUUUGUUCCAGGACCUCCUUGUCUCAACCACACUUUCUCCCGAUGACACCAUAAGUUUGUUUACUUAUGCUGUUCUAAGGUUGACUCCCCACGCUUUGUCAUCCGGAGCAACUUCCUGGUCUUAUUUACAAAGAACUAAUGCAGGAUCUCAAGUUCCCGCGUUGUCUACUAUUACCAACUCUGGGUCUGUUUCAGAUAACAUAUAUCGCUCACGUGAUACUUCACUGGACCAAGACAACAAUUGUCAAGUAAAAAGACCAUUGCAUCAUAAUAGGUGGUUUAGGGGAAACGAUGGUUUUCUUGCUUCUGAUAUUUGGGGAGCUGAUAAUGGUAGUCAAACUUCUGUCACCCCAAUAGUUUACCUCCAGCUGACUGAGGAAAGGAUGUACCUGUGUGCCUAUCAAUAUAAAAGACUGACCAUAAUCCUUCUGGUUCCUGUUUCCUCCAUUCUCAACGGCGAGCAAGGACUUUCACUCGUGAAGCAGCAAGUCUUGGAAAAUGUGUGUGUCCUUUCUGUUCCCGCUUCACUUAAAAUGUUGAGGGUCGAGGAGAAAUUAUCAAAGGGAUGGGGUGGAGAAAAUGCUUAUCAUGUUAGUGGCUACCGUUACUUACUGGUUGAUGAUGAAAGAGUAUCCAGGGCUUCUCCUCCAGCAAAGGUCAUGACUCUAGCCAAGGAUUCUUUGCUUGCCAUGAGCAAGCUGAGAGAAGAGGUGAAUUUGGAGAAGAGAGCAAAAUGCAGCACCAGUGAGGUGAAUUCUGACAAAGAAUUGGAAAUAUGUGUAAGAGCCAAAAAUGGUGCCUGGGUUAUAGCACGGACAUCAAGAGGGAAGGAACUUUAUAUGGUUCUCGAAAAAGCCAGCGAAACGCUUCUGUAUGCCUCUGAUGCUGUGGAGAAGUUCAGCAACAGGUACUGCAGUGGGGUAUUUUCUUUAGAUUAAUGGAGUCUGCUGCCGUUUUUGCCCUUCUGAGGCAUCUUCUUCCGAGUCUAAUCGAGUGAUAUACUCUCGAGACCUGGAAUGCAUUGCCCUUCUGUUUGUGUGUAAUCAAUCUGGGAUGGACCAGCAUCAAUCUGGGAUGGACCAGCAGUCUAAGUCCGAAACAAUCAGUUGAGCAAGGGUUCCUUUUUUUCGUGCCCGAAUAAGCAAUACAUCUGAAAAUAUACCAAUGCAUACCACUUGAGCUAUGUUUCUGAACAAGCUCUAAUUUCUUAGUCUUCCCCAGCCAUGUAGUGUGUGUACCUUGGUGUAUAUGUAAAUAGUCAAGUUGUGCAGCUCAAAUGGGGGGUGUUUUCGGAUGCCUUUGGUGUAUGGUAUCCGGGACGAAUCGAACACUUGAUUUCGUGGAAUUGAUGUUUAACAGCAUGAAUAUGGCAAAAUGAAUAAGAAUCGUUUCUUAUAUCACACGAAACUGGAAAA